AUGGCCGUGAAACUGUCUGACCUCAACGCGAACCCGUUCCGGGCGGCUGCGAGCGCCGCAGAGACUCUCAUCGUCGACGAACUCCCCUCGGAAGCAACCCUGCGUCUCAAAUUCGACCACCUUGUUACCAUCAUUAUUGCACUGCAGACUACGCCCUGCACUGGCUCGCGAGAUCAUCCGGACGAAAACGCGCUGCGUCGUCUCAUCAGACGUGCUACCAAUCUUCAAAACCUCUGCAUCAUCCAGCAAAUCGCCCCAGAAGACUCUGAGAAGGCUUCUGAUCGUUCUCUUCUCGGCGACCGGCCCGGCGUGGACAUCAAAUACAUCCCCGCACACGAUCUGGCGGCGGCCUUCGCGCGUUCCCCCCCAGGUCUCGCCAGCCAAAGCUGCCGUAGAAAGCUGGGCCGCAACGGUCGCCUCUGCGUGCGAGGUUCGGCCGCGCUCGCCUCUCGUUGA